AUGCAGAUGGAUUUUGAGCAAAGAAACAAGGGGCCUCGGGCCUGUACCACCUGCGCCAAAGCGAAGGCGAGAUGUAUCCCGGGACCGGAAGGGAGCAACAAAUGCGAACGAUGCUACCGGCUCCGGAAGCCGUGCGGCUCGCAGACCCCUGCGCCGCCGAGGCCGAAAAAGGACCCAAGGCCGACAAAGGUCUCGGAGCUUGAGAAGAGGCUGGACGAGUUGACGACGCAGCUGAGCGCUUCCCAAGGUAGUGUCAUUGCCACUCCUGCCUCCACCACCGCCGCCGUCAAUGGCACCGCCGCCGGCAGCGCAAACUCCCCGCUCCCGCCCAGUAACAGCAUCAAACCGGCGUCGGCAAAGAUUCCAAUCAACUGCGAUCACCUCUUCCCGCCAGAGGACGUGCUCGCGGGUGAUGGCACGGGGGCCGGCGCAUCUGAUACGUCGCCGGCGCCGAGUUCUUCGACGGCGGAUGACCACCACACCGUCAGCAGCCACGGCCAGAGCCAGUCCGACGUCGCUGGCGAGUCGACGUGGCCGCUGAACAACGAGCAGAGCAUCAUGCUGCAGACUUUCGUGGACGAUCUGCAGCCGCUUUACCCGUUCGUGAUUGUGCCGCCGAACAUGAGCCCGACACGGCUCGCUGCCGAGAGGCCGUUUUUGUGGAAAGGGAUCCAGAUGACGGCGAGUUAUCUGGAUGCGACGAAGCAGGUGACGUUGGGGAACGAACUGCUGCAGGAUAUCGUGCAGGCGGCGUUCACGAAACCCGUUCGGAGUCUGGACGUGCUCCAGGGCCUGCAGCUUUUGAUUGCAUGUUAUCAGCUUACGAACUUUCUAUUCUUGGCGAGGUCCAUGUGCGUCAGCCUGGGCUUCAAGGACAACCCCAUCCAUGUCAAGGAGCGGGGGAAGGGGGUCUGCAGCAUCAGCGUGCAGAACCCAGACGCCGAUUCCAAGUCGAGGCCGCAGACCAAGGAGCAGAUCUCGGCGCGGCUGGAACUGAUGAGGGCUUUCGCUGGUUGCUACUACCUCAACACGCUGGUCUUCACGACAAACAAGCGGCCGGAUGCUUUCAUGAACACCGCGCAUCUCGAGUCUUGCUGCCGACAGAUUGAAGAAGCCGCAGAGUACCCCACCGAUGAGCUCCUGGUGCAGCUGUUCAAGAUCCAGCAGCUCGCGCAGACCAUCUCCCUUACGCUGGGGGCCGAGAGUACGAGUUUCCAGUCGCUGCAGCUGCCGCUGACCAUAGUCGUCCAAUCGUUCCAGCAGCAGCUCGACAUCUUCAAGACAUCACUCCCGGCACACCUUAAGGACAACCUUGGCCUUCUCACACACAUCAGUAUCGCCGAGAUCCUCCUCUAUGAGAUCGGCAUCCCGGAAGGCCAGGGCCCGGCGUCCGUCAUCUCGCUGACGGAACGCCUCGAGCUCCUCUGGGGCUGCUGCAGCGCUGCCAAGACGUUCCUCAACCUUCGCUUCCCGCACAACAACCAGAGCGUCCAGCCGCGCUUCACGUGCCUCAGCUCCUCCGACUUUCUCUACGUCUUCAUUGUGUGCCUAAAGCUCAUGACGCUCGAGGUGCCCGGGUGGGACCUGACGCUGAUCCAAAAGCAUCUGGACCUCGCGAGGGUGGUGGAAAGCCAGGUCGCGCAUCUGGAUAUUUUUGUGGCGCACAGGAACAGGCGCUCCACGAGUGCCACUGCUGCGGCAGGGACGAACCCAACUGCAUCGUCAACGGACGUCCCCGGCCCGUACAUCGUCGACCCGUUCGUGCGGGUGACAGAAAUGCUGCGGUACUUCAAGGAGCUGGUCAAGGGCGAGCUGAGCACGUUCCGGUCGCAGCCCGCCAUCCAGGAGCCGAUCCAGCUGCCGGCGAACCUGUCGGACGGCACGCAGGCCAUGAUUCGGGACCUGGACGCGACCUUCUGGAACGGGAUGCUCGGCGAUGACCCCGGGACGUGGGACGUCGGGUCCAUGUUUACUGGCAUGGACUGGACUGCCACGUGA